AUGACCGCAGAGGAUUGGGACAUCAGCACUCGCUCCAAAGUCACAGAUCUUGAUUUCUUCGUCAUCAUCUCCUCUGUAAACGGCAUAUUUGGCGGACGAGCACAAGCCAACUAUGCUGCUGGAAACACUUUCAAAGAUGCUCUUGCUCAUUUCCGGUUAGCGCAUGGACAAAAAUCAGUUUCCAUUGACUUGGGAAUGAUGCUGGGCGAAGGAGUUGUGGCAGAGAGUGAUUCACUGCUAGCAUCGAUGCGGCGUAUCGGACAUUUGAUGGAUAUCGAGUUACGGGAGCUACUCGCCUUGCUAGAAUACUAUUGCAAUCCGCAUUUGCCACUGCUUGGCGAUAUCGAUGCGCAAAUACUUGUUGGAAUCGAAAUGCCUUCUGCUGUUUUAGCAAAAGGGAUCGACCUUCACCAUUCGAUUCAUCGCCCGAUAUUCCGACAUUUAUUUCAAAUGUCAAUUCAAGACCCAGGCGCCGACGCCUAUCUACCGGGCGCGAUUAAAGUAGAUAGAGCUGCUGGCUUGAGGGAAGCAAAAUCCGAGGACGACGCGGUAAAUUUGGUCAUUGAAUGGUUCUCCGGUAAAGUUGCACAAAUAUUGGGCCUUUCUAAGGCAGAUAUCGAUUUGAAUAAGCCUGUGCACACCUACGGUAUCGAUUCGCUGGUUGCAAUGGAUUUGAAAAACUGGUUUAUGAAAGAAGUUGGUGCGGAGAUCACGGUUUUUCUGUUAUUGGGGAAUAUGUCGUUGCAAAACCUUUGCAUGAUGGCUACAGAGAAGAGUGUAUUCAGGCCUUCUUUGAAGUAA